CUUUGUCCCAUUGGUGGCUUUUGAGCAGCUGCAUACUAUGUUUAUAACUUUAAGUGGAUGUCAGGGUCACUGGCUACUGGCUUGGGCCAGUCACUCUCAGCAAGAGCUCUUUCAAGUGGCAGAUCUUUAGUUAUACAAGCUCGGCUCCUCUACACCCAGUCGCCUAGCUCCCGAAGCUCCACGCCUGGGGCCGAGUCUGAGACCAGAGGUGCUAAGUACAGCUGAGGGGCGGCAACACAGCCGCCCACCCGGGAGGACUAUGCUGCGCGGAAAGGCCCGCCUCAACGUGGAGUGGCUGGGGUACUCGCCCGGCCUGCUCUUGGAACACAAGCCCCUCCUGGCUGGGCGUACGCCACGCAGCCCCCGCGGAAAUGAAAGUUCCUUGGCAUCGACCUUGAAAACGCUUCUGUUUUUCACGGCUCUUAUGAUAACUGUGCCCAUCGGCUUAUACUUUGCAACCAAAUCCUACAUCUUUGAAGGUGCCUUUGGGAUGUCCAAUAGGGACAGCUAUUUUUAUGCAGCUAUUGUCGCAGUGGUUGCUGUUCACGUGGUGCUGGCCCUUUUUGUGUAUGUGGCUUGGAAUGAAGGCUCACGACAGUGGCGAGAAGGAAAACAAGAUUAAUGCGACCUCACCUUUUGAUAGCAUUAAAUUUU